AUGUGCAAACAAAUUUCGAGGUGAGGAUCGCUUAAUUCCGCUGUUUAGUUUGGGGAAUUUGCAUUAGAGUUUAGACCGAGGAAAAUAAUACGUGAAGGAAAUUGAGACUUUCGGAAGUUUUUUUACAAAGAAAUGUGCAAUGCUUGCAAUUUCUGCAAAAUUUUUCAAGUAAUCAAUUAUACCUAGGACACAAAUCAAGCUCCAGAAAUUUAACUUAUGUUCAGAAACGGCCCUGAUAUUUUAUAAUAAUUGGCAAACGGGGAAUUAUGGGAAAUUAUGAGAUAUAGUAAAAAACAGCUUGUCGCGGAAAGGUGAUUUUAUGAAGAAAAAUUUAGUUUACAUGUCGAAUUCGCUGCCAAUAUGAAAACCCCUAACAACAGAUUUUUAGUAAUAUUUCAACUUAAAAUAGUUUCUGCAAAAUACGGGCUAGACAUCCCGCUUCAAAAACGCGAGUGCAAGAUCCAUCGAAAUCUGACCUUUAACGUCAUUUUGUGAACACAUUCAGAUUUUCGCAAUAUCACGUAAUGCUUCCAGAUUGUAUUAACCAAACAUUCAAAUUUCUCUCCAAGUCCCCGCUAAAUGUUCAUUUUAACCAAAUCCCUUUCGGGAAGCAAAUGCAACCGCUGCAUUUUCUCUAAAAUCUUGACUCCGCAUCAAAUAGGUGUAUUGUUAUAAAAAAAUCAAACCUUGCUAAUAACUGCUUUUGGGGGCUGCCUAAAAUUUCCAUAAUGAGUCAGUGUUAAUCAAAAAGCGGUCAAUGCCUCAGGCUGCCUUGCGACUGAGGGUGUGGAGUGUUAUCAUAGCACACCUUUCUCUUUCUUAUCACCGAAAUGAAUUCAAAUAUUUUUUUCCGAUCAGCAUAUUUUUGUCGUUUUGGGUUGGGGAAACACUGACAAAGAAUCAUUUGUUGGGUCAAAAAAUGGACGAGAUUUUCGGUUAGCGAUCUUGAAAACAAGCAAGCGUGCAGUAUAGAGAUUAGUUAGUACUAAAGGUUCGGUUAAAAAAAAGAAGAAUUAACGAGUCGAAAAUUCUUAGGAAUUGGCCAAAUUAUACAACGGAAAACAAACUAAUCGCUUGUAAAUCGCACUUGUAAUUUUAUCGUACAAAUUUCCAAGGGCUUCUGAUUUCAACGAAACCCUCUUUCUUGUAAUUUCCCUGACCAUCCCUUUUAUGGUCACUCUCUAAUCCCCCACAUGACUCGAUCUCCCCCAUCAUCUUCAAAAGCCGUUCAAUAUUUAUUCGCCUCACGUCCAAUAUUUGUAUUCGCUGUGUUGGUCCAUGACCGCGAAAAGAACUUUUCUGAUUCGAGGGCGAACCUUUAAAUCCGGCCCCGAAAACUUUAUUGUUCUCCGUCCAAUGUCAUACCCAAUAUUCCCCAAACAUCCCAAGAUUCCGCGAUAUGAUGAGUAAUAUCAGAAUACAAGAGUUUUAUAUAUUUUUUUACUUUCGGUUUAGACUACAUGUCCCUUUUGCUGUUGAAAACACGGGUUUACUAAUGGUAGGGGGUUGAAAGAGUCCUACAAAGUAAGCCAGAUCAUCCCGCAGUUGCCUCGUGUAAAUUUACCUUUUAGAAAUUGUGAAUGAGACAAGUGCUAAUAGUGAAAGUGCUUGAGUUCCAGAUUUUGAAGUCGUUUUUAAUCUUUUUAUUCCACAAGUUAAUUUUUUUAUAUUUUUUCCAAAAAAAGUUUAAAAUUUUGCAUAAAUUGGGAAAACAAGAAACUCGCUAAUUAUUUCAAGUACAAGACAAACAAAUAAGUCAUUUUUUUUAGUUGGUUGAACGAGAACAUUUUUGUUUCAGAUCAAUGCGCUAUUGGGUAAAUGUGAUUUUUAUCGUCGCCGCUCUAACUUAUUUUUGGUUUUACUUGAUCUCAAACUCAUGGAAAGUCAAAACUGCGCCCAAAUACUUCGAUGUAAGUUGAAAAAAGUCCACAAAAUUUCUGAUUUCUCAUUUUGAAAGCCUAAAAUAUUAGUUGUUUAGUUAUUCGGCCUAGAAGAUGAGAAAUCGAACGUCAAUGAGGUUGUUCUUGAUGAAGGCAACGCAAAGUUUAUGGAAACCUCAAACUGUUUGAAUGUGGAGACAGAAACACAACUAAAAGUAAGUCCCGCCCAUAUAAAAAAUUAGUCAUCAAUAUUUCAAUUACCGGCGCUGAUUUUGAUGCACUUUGAACGCAAUUUUGCGUAAUUUUUAUGAGAAAAAUUUCCGAAAUUACAUCGUCCACCGAGGGAAAAAAACAUUCAUACACAACAAACCCAUGUAUUUUAUACGAAUUCAAACCAUUCCAGUAAGAUUUUUGGGACAAAAACGAUGACAAAUUACUUUAAAAAUCUCUUUUGUCUCCCUCUCUAGUUUCAUGCACUAUGGUCAAUUUACAAAUGCAACCCCUCAAUUUUGCAGGUAGAUGGUCAAACCAUUUCAUUUUCUCCCGGCUACAAACCCCCUCCGAAAUCUGACUUGCUCAACGUUUUCCUCGUCUUCCAUUCCCAUUUGGACCCAGGGUGGCUAAUGACGUUUACCGAAUAUUAUGACGAGCAGGUCAGCAGUAUCUUCACCAAUAUGAUCAAAUACCUCAGCGAGCAUCCGGAUGGGAAAUUCAUUUGGUCGGAAAUGUCCUUUUUAUACCAUUUUUGGAUCACUGAAAGCGAGGACAAGAAGAAAAAAGUUAAAGAGUAAGCGAAUAUUACACUCUAACUCGUGGAAAUAAAUUUAGGUUUAUCCAAAAUGGGCAGCUAGAGCUUUGUGGAGCGGCGUGGGUGAUGACGGACGAAGCCACUCCAUACUUUUGGGCGACUAUCGAUAACAUUGUGGAAGGACAGAGAUUUGUCUACGAUACGUUUGAAUAUACGGCUAAUACUUCGUGGUAAGUUCAGAAACGGAGAGUAAAACACGACUGGCACAGUAUCUGUGGCUACGUUUUUUGUUCCUAUAAGGGUCCGAGUAAAACCGGAAAAUAAAGUGGACAAAAUUAAUAUAAGAUCUACCCGAUCAAACAGCCAGUUAUUCAAACCUAGCCAACAAGAAAUUUCAGGUCAGUAGAUCCAUUUGGACACGGAGGAAUGAACCCAUAUCUAAUGUCUUUGGCUGGUAUCAACAGUAUGGUAGUUGGCAGAUUAAAUCAACAUGUUAAGAUCGAAAUGCGAGAACAUGCAGCUAUGAUCUUCAAAUGGGCUCAGCCUUGGCAACAGGUACUCCUUUCAACUUUCUCCUUCAUUUCACGCAGCCUGUUAUAUUAUACAUGACACUAAUGUUAAAUGUGACAUCAAAAAAGCCUAUUAUAACUUCCAAUGUCCUUUAGGGAAGAGAACAGAAGAUCCCCACCGUCAUGUCCUUGCCAGACGUAUACUACACAACUUCCAAUGGCUGUGGAAUCAACGGAUCAGUAUGUUGUCAAUACGAAUGGGGCACAAGUUCAAGAUCAUUCUGUCCGGAAAAGAAGGAUAUAAAGAAAACGAAUGUAGAGUUUAUGAGCAGACAGCUUGUCGAGCAAUUCAAAACUUAUCACGUAAGAGAUUGCAGCAAUUCACUAACCUUACCCCCAACUUGCAGCGAUUUUACAACGGAGAUUCCCUGUUAGUAGCAGUCGGAGACGACUUUUACUAUCGGUAUUCAGAUGACUUUGACUCGAUGUACAAGAAUUACAAGCAAAUCAUCGAUCAUGUCAACGCGAAUCCGGAGUACAAAACGAAAAUUCAGUUUUCGACCCUUGGCCAAUACUUUGAGCACACCAAGAAAACCUUUGCAAAACCACCAAUUCUGCGGGGAGACUUCUUCCCAUACACUGAGAAUAUGAGUGGAGGGCAUCCCUAUUGGUCCGGCUACUUUGUACACCGAGGGAAUUUCAAGCAAAUGGAGAGGAAAGCCCAGGUAUUCACAUUCGAUUAUAUUGUAAUAGGUAAACCAGUCAAAAUUUUGAAGAACAUAUACGAGAAAUACAUCCAUAAAAAUUGGAAAUUGAAUUCCAGGGCUAUUUGAGAAGACUCGAUCUAAUUAGAGCUUUAUUUGGUGUCCAACACGAUUAUGACGAGCUAACGUUACACAGAAGGAACCUCUCCCUAGCACAACAUCAUGACUCGAUUACGGGCACAAGCAAACCUCAUGUCAUGGCGGACUAUCGCAAACGGUAUGAGACAAACCUAGUCGUGAAAUUGAAUCAGAAAAUAAUGUGGAAUAACACGAAAUAUAUGAGAGUUCUUUCAGGUUAUACAAAGCUGUCACUCAUUUUGCCCAAAAAGAAGCCGAAUACCUGGCUGGCGGAGCUGUACACGACGUCUACGAUGAUGGGCAAAUAUUCCAGUUCAAUGAGACUAUGAAAGAGUAGGUGACUUUACACCGAACUGGAUUAAAGGGCUUGAAAUAAUACGAAGAAAUGCUUUGUAUUACAGAAAGACCCUCAUAAUCUUCAAUCAGAACACUGAAAGCGAUGAAAAAAGAGUUACCAUCACCACAAACACGCACAACAUGGAAAUACGGAAUGAAUCAGGAGAAAUACUACAAGUUCAAGCUUUUCCCGGUGUCAACAAAGCUGUAAUGGAGGUGGACAAGGACUACUUUGAAGUAAGUUGAACAAUUUUUAGGGUUGCGGAAUGUCAAAAUUUUAGGCAUUUCGUCGCAAAAUUUAUUGUUUUUAUUUUUUACCUUUUUCAUGAAUUCACGGCAGUACUACGUUCGUCGUAUUUUAGAUCGUAUUCUACUUAAAAUGCCGCCCCUUAUCCUAUCAAAAGGUUACGAUUACUCGCUUGGCUGAUGGACAACGAUCGCCGAAAACACAUCUCAGCGAGGCGAAGGAAGUUUCUGAUGGCGAAACUCUGAAGAUGCCGACGGAAAAGUUCGCGAUGUCCCUUACAAAGGGGAGGAUAAGUGUAUGUUCAUUUUUCUUCCAUUUUUCCGAUAGAUUUGCAAAAUCAGAUUAGGCGUGGACAGUGGUCAUCGAUAAUAUAAAUUGACGUUAUCUUCGUUGUCUUCGUCUCAGUUCUCAGGUCAAAAUUCGGAAAACGUUUAUUUUUAUGGCCAUUGGCACUUAUUUAAACUUCAGAAUUUUUUAACGAUUCAAGAUUUUUGUUCACAACAUUUAAUUUUAGGUAGAAGGAUCUUCAGAAAAGGUCAACGUUGGCUAUGGUUAUCACACAGAUAUGGGUGGAGCAUACGUCUUUAAUCCACUGUCCGCUUUGAAGGCUAUUGCGAGAAGCCGCUGUAUUUUCUUCACUGGACCGCUCACUUCAAGACUCUACUGCAAGCUUGAUCCUAAGAUUGAUAAAAAGUCACCAGUUAUUGUGGAGAUGAUUGAAGUCGAUAACAAACAGCCCAGUGAUGCUGUGCAAAUCAAUUUGGAAGUGUUCUCCCAACUGAAGGAUCUGAAUGGGCACACUUUUAUUUUAAAGGUUGGUAGUCAUGUACAAGGGAACACUACAAUAUGGACGGAUGUAAACGGGUUGUAUUUGAAUGAACAUAAGAUGAAUCGGUAAGUCCAAGGCUACCUUCUUUGUUUGUUGAAGCUUACAAGUCUUUCGUGUGAGACAUUCACUGUCCCUUUGAGUCUUGCAUGCGGAUUUUGGGGCCACCUAGAAAUUCCCGAAAGUUUGUAAACGCUUCAAAGCUCCCAUUUUUCGACGACAGCUUCUAAGAUGUUAACUAAACGAUACCCCCAUUAUUAUUGCAUUAUAAUUGGUUUAGGUCCCUUCCAAUUGCCGCAAAUUAUUUCCCAUCUCCCUCUGAAUCGAUGGUCCAGGAUACGAACAGUAGAUUAACGGUGUUGGCAAGACAAUCGACUGGUUCAACGGUGGAUGAGAACGGGGAAUUGCAUUUGUUGUUGGACCGAAGUGUCUAUGGUGAAGAUGGAAAGGGCCUUGGAUUGGGCGAAGCCAAAACUGUAUGUCAUUCAUCAAGCAACCGGCUAAAGACCAUUACUAGCCUGUUUUUGAAUCGGUUACUUUGAACUUUUGCUAACAUUUAUUAAAUAUUUGAAUUGAUUUAAUCCAAUUUUUCAGGAAGAUCCUUCGCACUUUAAGGCCCGAAUAAUAAUCGAAAAGGUUGCUGACCCUAAGGACGACACUAUUUUCCACUCAAAAUUUGUCGACCGCUCCCUUGAAGAUCUUCUCCAUCCCAUUGGAAUUGUUGCCAAAAAGCCGGAUUUCUCUCCAAAAGUAAUCCCGGAAAUUUAUUGGCCAUGCAAUCUCCAGCUCAUAAAUCUACGACAAGUCAAGGAUUUUCAUUUGUUGACGAUUCGGAAGUUGGAGUUUGACUGUUCAAUAAAAUCGACCGAAAAAUGCGAGAUUGAAUGGGUAAGACAAGGUUAUUUCAGUUUCUGUUUGGCGCUGAAAUUUCGUAGAGCCAAGAAUUGCUUGAAUUUCUAAAACUUUAAAUUUCAGGACAAACUGGAUGCCACUUUGAAGAAAAUUGUGCCAUAUGACCACCCUAAAUUAAUAUUUUCAUCCCUCUCGGCUGUCAACGAAGAUUCAAAUGAAGAAUACUCGAUAGAGCGGCUACAAGAGAAACUAACGCCUUUUGAAAUAGUCACUGUCAAGAUUUCCCAAGGAAUCUAA